AUGGGUAAAUUAGCUCUUGUUGCAACACUCACCUCAUGGGUUGUUCCUAUCACCAUAAUGGUCAAUCGCGUAGUUACUGAGCCAUAUAUGGAUGAGAUAUUUCAUAUACCACAAGCUCAGCACUACUGUAAGGGAAAUUUUGGAAGUUGGGACCCUAUGAUUACCGCCCCUCCUGGCCUGCUUAUACUGUAUAGAAGCUGCUUCAUCGUUUUUGGAUAUGUUGCAUCCGUUACUGCCGUGCUGGCCAUGUAUCUUGCAAGUUUGGAAAAGAAUUACUGGUUAAGUGCAUUGGUAAGCGAAUUCGCUUCAAGAAUUAGUGUGCGAAUUCGAACAGCAAAAUGGCCGGAGGAAGGAAAGGAGGAGGACCAAGGAAGAAGUAGAUAUGCUCAGCGUGUUGGUACCAGUGCUCCUGUUUACUUGGCCGCUGUUCUUGAAUAUCUUGCUGCUGAGGUACUUGAGUUGGCUGGAAAUGCAGCACGUGACAACAAGAAGAACAGAGUUAGUCCAAGACAUUUAUUAUUAGUUGUGAGGAAUGAUGAAGAGCUUGGGAAAUUGCUUGCUGGUGUUACCAUUGCUCAUGGCGGUGUUCUUCCUAACAUCAACCCCGUGCUUUUGCCUAAGAGGACUGAAACGACUACUGCAAAUAAUAACAACAAUAGGAAUCAACAACACAGAAGCACAGCAUAA